GAUCAAAGAGGGGGAGCAGCUACGGCGAGAAUCCCGCCCCGACAUUUAGACUAAAUAAACGAAAGGGAGGAGCCUGCCCCUUCAGCAGAGCAGAAGACUCACGAUAACCACGCCACUUCUAGGGCUAAUGUUUCUUCUUUCAGGCAGUGCAGGAGUCUCACGGAGGUUGAGCCGUGGGUGCUGGACGUGUAUCGUUGCUCCGCACCAACGACAAAUUGCUACAGUCCUGCGGAUGAAUAGACAAGGUUUUCAAGUCGUGCAGAAUUUAAUUCGAUCAAAUUUACAGAAUGCUGGGUCUGUUUUAAAUGCAACCAUUCAUUUCACUAUAUUUAAGUAGUCUGUGUGUGGAAACAGCACCAACUUGUUGACGCCAUACCUUUUUGAAGUUAGACACCUCAGAACAUUUGACUUUGUAUUUUUUCAUUUCGCUCCUAAUGAGUGUUGGGAAUUCGUUGUGGAUAAACAAUUAAAGUGCCGCAGUUAAGGUGGGGGAAAUGGAAGAGCAAAAGUGUCGGGCAGCUUCCCGGUCCAGCACUGAGAGGACCUGCAGCGAGCAUCCCUGUGACCAUCGCCUCCACAGGAGCUUCAGAGACCUACCCUGGGUGGCGGCGUGCUGCGCGCUCUCCCUGCUCUCUUUGGGAGUAUGCGUUUUUGUGUACCUGAAGACGUCGGAAUUGCAGCAUAGGCUCUUAAAUCUGGAAAAGGACAGGGACAGCCGGCCUUCGGCGUGGUUCUCGGGCGAUCAGGUGGAGCCCAUGAUUAUAGAUAGACUCGACCAAAUUUUAGAAGAGAAGCUGGCUGCACGGCUUCCCAGGGUCCGAGAGGCACGAGACGCCCCACAGAGCUGCAUCUGCCCACCAGGUCCUCCUGGCCCUCCUGGACGAGCUGGCUUUCCGGGGGACAAAGGAUCAAUGGGAAUACCUGGAAGACUGGGGUUAAAGGGCGUCACUGGGGAGAAGGGGGCACCAGGAGAACCAGGCUUGUCCAUCAUUGGCCCACGAGGACCCCCUGGACAGCCCGGAAGCAGAGGUUUUCCAGGAUUCCCUGGUCCAAUUGGGUUAGACGGAAAACCAGGACAAAGUGGUAUGAAAGGAGAUGUGGGUCCUCGAGGUCCCAAAGGCAUGCCAGGUGAACCAGGCCCCAAGGGAGAAAAGUUCCAACAGAAACGGCGCAUUGUACAGACCUGUGUUGGAGGACUGGCCACACAGGGCGAGCCUGGGGCUCAGGGCCCACCUGGACCACCGGGAGCGCCAGGGACGCCCGGCAUUGCGGGCAUCAACGGAGCCCCGGGAAAGCCUGGGGAGCCUGGUAAGCCAGGCAAAGACCCACGGAUGCUACCAGGAAUAAAGGGUGAACCCGGGACACCAGGACAGAAGGGUGAUUGCGGUGAACCUGGUCCCCAAGGAGCCGUCGGUCCCCAGGGUCCGAAGGGCGGUCAGGGGCACAAGGGAGAUGAUGGGAACAUGGGUCUUCCUGGGCAGAAGGGAGAGCCCGGGUUUCCAGGUGUGCCUGGACGAAAGGGUCAGCCUGGAAUCCCCGGUAUUCCUGGCAAGAGAGGCUACAGGGGGGAAAAGGGGGAGCCCAGCAUGGUAGGCAUGGGAGUCAAAGGAGAACCAGGGAUGCCAGGACCUCCAGGACCCAAUGGGUCCCAGGGUCAAAAAGGAGACCCAGGAUCAAAGGGUGAAACUGGGCUUGAGGGACCACCUGGACCGAGGGGUCCUCCUGGUCCAGCCGGAGAGCCAGGGAAAUCUGAAAUGAUCGACACUAAUGGAAACUUCAAUGGAAAAAUAGAAACCCGGAAUCUGCCGUUAAUGGGCCCCCCAGGACCGCCAGGACCCCCUGGAGUUCCUGGAACUGCAGGCCCAAAGGGUGAAGUUGGAUUACCAGGGGCUCCAGGUCUUGAUGGGGAAAAGGGCCCCAGGGGGAAGCCAGGAGAGACUGGACCCACGGGUCCUGAAGGUCCCAAGGGACAGAUUGGUAUCAUUGGCUUGCCUGGAUCCAAAGGGGACAAGGGAGACAUGGGCCCCCCCGGGUCAGCUGGGCUAGAUGGUCCUACUGGUGAGAAAGGGACUGCUGGACCGCCCGGCCCAGUCGGAAUGCCUGGCUUGACGGGUCAGAAGGGUGAAACUGGAGAGAAGGGUGAAAGAUCUGAUGCAGUGUACGGGCCACCCGGACCUCCCGGGUCUCAAGGGUCCCCAGGACCUCAAGGUCCGGUCGGUCCUAUGGGGCCUUCAGGACUAUUGGGUCUAAAGGGGGAGCCUGGCAUUGGCAUGAAGGGAGAGAAGGGAGGACCUGGGCUGAAGGGAGACAAGGGGGACAGAGGACACCUAGGAUUGCCUGGUCUGACUGGACCAGUGGGCAUUCAAGGGCCAGCAGGACCAAAAGGUGUAAAGGGAGACAAAGGAGAUUCAGGCGUGCCAGGACCAAGCGGCCUACAGGGCAUCCCUGGUUCAGUAGGACCACAAGGACUGAAAGGCAAUCGGGGAGAGAGGGGCAAGAAAGGCAACAGGGGGGCCAAAGGGGAUAAGGGAGACCAAGGAGCACCUGGAUUAGAUGCCCCGUGUCCGUUGGGUGAUGAUGGCUUGCCAGUUCCAGGCUGUUGGAAUAAAGGUCAGAAUCCUUUUCAACUGGCCAAGAAGUAAGAGCGGAUGGAGAAUUUCUUGAAGAUGUCUUGCACACAGCCAUAUAAGGAAACUUGAAGAAAUCAUAAGGUAUCUUUGAGUUUGUGCAGAUUUUCCAAUGUGCGGGAGCUUUUGACAAGCAGCCUGGAAUGCAGGAUAUCUCCAGAUGGGGGCAGCAGUGAGAACACUGACUAAAGCAUCACCAAAGAAAAAAGCCAGGAAUUCCCUGUACUGAUUUUUUUUCUUGAAGACAUCACAUACAGAGAGCAACUGGGUUUUGGGUUACAAAUUUGUUCCUUGAGUUUUGUACACCCUUUGUAUUGCUUUUUUUAAUUUUUAUUUUUAUUCACUAUGUGAAAGGAACAUUGACUUUUUAUAGUGUACUUUCCUGUUUGUGUUUAUCCAACAGUAAAGACUGUGAUCCAACAGUUCAGAGCAGCUCACUGAACAAGCAGAUGUCACCUUGGAUGCUCAAAUGUUUCCACCUGAAAAGUGCUUUGAUGAUUCCUAACCUAAUAAUCUGCUAUGUCCAACUGGCCUGGCAAAUGCAGUUGUCAAGUCACUUGUUUAACUAUUUACUGACUGACAACAAUACAUAUCCAACAGAAAAAUGUGACCAUAUGCAGAUAUACUGUACAGCUUCAGCCAUAACAUUAAUGUACAUGGAUAGGUACACCAGUUUGUAUGACUGGCACUCUCACAUGCACAUACACACACUACAGUCAACGUCAUAAUAGCAGAAUAGAGAAAAUGUGAAUGUUCUCUAUUGUAUAUUUUUAGAAUCAGUUUCCAGAUAUAUAAUGUUCUCCCCAGUUUUCUAUUGAUUUAUUAGCUAUGCCCUGUAUGUGAUGACAUGCAAGAGCCACUCGUUUAAAUUAGGCAGCUAAACUUGGUAUGAUCCAUUCUGACAUGUCCGUCUUAUAGUCAUAGGCUUAACUGCAUUACUGUAUCAGUUUAAAUAUUGAUGUCCUGAUGCCAUCAACCAUAUGGACAUAGAUACUGUUUUCAUGCCUCUCUCUCAGAUAUACACAGGACUGUUAUUCUGAUAUGACUGUAUAAGCAACAGUGUGCUCCUGGUUGAUGCAUCGUUAAUCAGCACCUUUGUCAUACCUGUUUGGAUAAUGUGACCCACAAUUCACCAUUUCCCAGCCCUUCUAUGGCUUUGUAAGACUGCUACUCUACCUCUGUAGUGGGGGUCCAGCCGGAUGUGUUGAGCCAGAUGAGCUAGUGGGACAUUCAAACAAUUUCGAGCCAUUUCAUAGCACGAUACCAUGCAGGAUAUGUGAUGCUGAGGCCUACAUCCAACUGAAUUUCUGAAGACUGCGAUAAACAGCAUUAUCUGGGAGAUCAUGUUCACUUCAGAUGUUAAGGAAUUGAUGCCACCAAUAUUAUUCCAUUUCUUCAACCUGUUUCCUCUGGUUAUAAUGAUACAUGUGGUACUACUUAAAUGCCGGUGAAGCUCACAAUAUUAAUUCGAGUCAUGUUAUGUUCCCUCUGUCUCAAGCUGAAAAGAGGUUGCAGUGGUAUUGUACCAGAAAUUUUUAGGACAAGUGUCCACUCUGACCUCAUAGUAUAACAGAAUAGAUUAAAUUAAUUGAAACUCCUUAGGAACAAGCCAUUGAUACAUUAUUAAAAUGACUGGGCAGAGUUCUUCACCAGACUUAACUGUCAACUUCCCACAAUCUGCCAGUUUUUGCCUGGAAAAUGUUUUCCAUAGAAGCAUUCCUGAUCAACUGUUCUUUGAACUUUCUUGAAUGACUUACCAAAGUGCAUAUCAUUAUUUAUAUUAAUACCAUAGUGAUACAGAGAUAAGAAUGGAAAAUACUAUGUUGUGCAUUGUUAGGAUGCCUUUUCCUCAAUGAAUGUUUGUUGUUGUCUUAGCAGAAUAUGUAGAAAUGUUCAUUAUUCAGCUAUGAAUCGUAACAGGGGAAAGGACGAGGUAGACGUGGGUACAACUGUAACUGCCUUUUCUUGGAACAACAGUAUCUGCUGGACAGUACCGGGUGGGAGAAGGCUUACAAGCAGAACUGGAGGUGAGGUUUCAAACCCUGCAGUCACAUGUUGUGAGGUUCUGUCGCCUGUAUCCCAUGAAAAGUUCUGCUUGUCAAUCUCCAUAUUUCCAAAUAUAUUCAAACCAAAUGCAUGUAGUAUAACUGGAAAACCUUAUUGCACGACUGAAUCUUCGAAACCAAAUGCUACAUUGCUGCAAGCAUUUAGGCUUUUUUUAAAUUAUUAACUACAUUUAUUAAAUUAUCAUUAAUUUGUACAUCUACAGUACAUAUGUCACAUUCAACAUCCAACUCUACCACAUAGAUUAUAGUACAGCUAUUGUUUAUGGGGCUGAUAUAGUGUAUAGUGUGACUGAACAGUAAGAUUUAGGUUAUUAGCUGUCACAUCUGUAUUAGAGGGACCCUUUUGAGCUGUUGAAAGCAGAAACGCAAUACAUUCAGUAGUGGCCUGAUUUUGGUUUUAUACAGUUUUAUAAACUUGAUUGCAUCUGGAGAUGAUCAUUUGUAAUGCAGCUUUACAAAAUACAAAUAUAAUUCAAAUGUUCUUUUGUAAUGAAUGUGUGUUAGACAGGGCUAGCUGACACAAAUGAAUGGCCAAUCAAAACUUUUAAGUCAUUUUUUCUUUGCUUCUGGCUUAUUAUUUGCAUAAAACACCCCCAUACAGAAUGUCAGAUCUAUGUCCUUUUCUUUUUUAAACGUAGGUUCCUUUUUCUUACCUUUUCACCCAGAAGUCUUUCACCUCAGAUCAAAUGACAAAGGGGCUGUUUUGCGGUUGUAGUUUUUACGAUGUUAAUAUGUUUUUUGAAAGAAUUUGGAACUGAAUCGACUCAAAAUACACCAUAUAUGUAUUUUUUUAAUUUUGUAUUACUUUUUUUUUGAUUUUUUUAAUUUUAUAUUUAUAGUGUGCUCUCUAUAAUAUAGUGGAUCUCAAAAUUUAAGAAUGCUAUUUGACUUUUUUUAGACAUUAAUUUAGUAGCUAAUCAGGAAUCGGUGCCCUUUGUGUGUCUAUUAGGCCAUGUUUACACUUGGUUUUAAAAUGUAUCUUAAUCAAUCGGAUCAUAAACAGGCAGCCAAGACACACUGCUGUUUACACUUGAGUCUAUCAGGUGUCUCCAAGGCGUCCAGUUGACCACUUGUGUUCAGAUUUAGUUACUGCUCCGCGUACACUUAUUCUGACGUCCUUGUCAGUGACUCAUUUAUCUUUACACUAGAAAGGUAUAUGGUGAAAUGCAUCCCAGACCACCUCAGUAACUGGUUUGAGUGAUUGGAUCACAAUGUGUCUUGAUCGUCAUUUAUAUACUUGUACUUAGGACUGUCCACUUGUGUUCUGAUCAAUUAAGACACAUUUUUAAACCAAGUGUAAACAGUGCCUCAGAUAUCUGGAACUAACUGCAACUUAAAUUUCAUUAUAAAAAAUGUAAAAAUAAUUUUACUAUAGAUUAUUUCAAGAAUAAAAUGCACUGGUUGUCCAUUACCUGUUUAAAAAUGUUCACGUUCAUACAUUUCGCGGUUGAGUUUCCUUUAGAUAGAGAGUGCACUGAUUUUAUAUCUUAUAUGGAAUUAUCUGUGCCACAUACAGAUAUAUGUAAUAUGACGUAUUUAUGCAACUGAAAUAUACUUUACAGCACAGGGUUUGCAUUCUGCUUUGUAUGAUUUUUAUAUCACCUUAUGAAAGGUAUUUGUUUAUCCUGUCAUAUCAAAGACAGCAUACUGUAUACUGUUUGAACAUAACUUUUUUUAAUCUUAAACAUAAAACCAUAUUUACUGUCUAGCGAUCAAGGUGUAUAUUAUUCUAAAGGCGUGUGAUACUUUGUAUACAUUUUUUCCAUAUGACUACCUGAGAACAGAUUUGAGGGCAUUCAUUUAGCGUCAGUGCGUUGGCAUUUCAACGCACGGUGUGAUGACCUGCAUGCUGAUCGAUGCUGUUAUCGAAUGCUGUCCAUUGCAUUUACCAAAAGUACACUGCCAACAUGUAUUGUUAUUGUUAUUUAAUCAAAAAUGUUUUUAAAACUGUAGGACAUGCUUAUCUAUACUCCGGUGAUUUCAUUAUUAAGCCACUCCGUGUAGUUUCCUUUUGCUGGUUUGUCUAUUUGGAAAUUAGCGAAAAUAACUUGAGGUUUAAAUUACUUUUUUUCCGAUGUGACACAAACAGCAUCGUUAAGGCUGAACUGGUGAAAUUGACCCAUAAUGGAGUUUUCUUUUAAAAUUUACUUUGUAGACAAAUAUUGUCUGCACAGUCCUUUGUUGAUUUAGUUUAACGAAUCAAGUGUAAAUAUAUGUAUAGAUAUUUUUUCCAGAAAUGUCUUUUUUUAUUUACCGAGGGCAGCUGAAAUGGUUAUGUGCCAACGACUGACUGUAAAAAAUAUCUAUUAAAAGAA